AUGCAAACUAACCAUAAUAGGCUCGAUGAUUCACGUUCACAUAGAAUACUUUGGAUAUUAGAUCUUCUUAAUCUUGAUUAUGAAGUGAAGAUAUAUUUAAGACAUCCAGAAACUUGGCGUGGACCUUUACAAUUAUUUGAUGUUCAUCAAUUAGGUAAAGCACCAAUAUUGGAAGUUAUUUUCGGUGAUGGAAGACCAUCAAUUAAAAUAUCUGAGCUGGGAUUUAUAAUUCAAUAUUUAUUAAGAUAUUAUGAUACACAAAAUAUUUUAUAUCCAAUUAAUCUUGAUCAACAAUUGGAAGUUGAUUAUUAUUUACAUUAUGCUGAAGGGUCAUUUCAACAUAUACAAAUGGCAUUAUUAAUUAAUUCUUCUGCUAAACAUAUUGCUCCAUUUGCCACAAAAUCAGUAGUGAAAUUAAUUACUAAAGCAAUAAAUAAUGGGUAUUAUAAACAUGAAUGGUUUUUAAAUAUGAAAUAUUUAGAAGAUAGAUUACAACAAAAUGGUACAGGAUUUUUCGUUGGUGACAAAUUAACUGGAGCUGAUGUUAUAUUAAGUUUCCCAAUUUAUGAAAAUGUUUUUGAUAAUCUUGAAGGUAUAAAAGAAAUAUUGGGAGAUAAAUUUAAUAUCAAAAAAAUGUUUCCUAAUUUAUUUAAUUGGAGUAGAAUGAUUAAAAAUAAUUCAAGUUAUAAAAAAAUAACUGAAUUAAUGAAUGAAGAAGUUGAAGAUUUGAUUGCAUUGAAUCCUCGAUUUGAUUAUGGCAGAGAAAAAUAA